AGGUGAUGACUGCUUUUGUUCUGCAGGAAUAAGCUAUUGUAAAAAAGCCUAAUUGCCUAAAAGCAACAUUCUUUUCGGUGCCAGAGAAUAUGAAGCAAAAGAUAAUUAUUAAAGUUUCAAUGCAUUGCAGCAAAUGCCGAACAGAAGCUUUACAGGUUGCUGCUGUUGCAUAUGGGGUUAAUUCGGUGGCCUUACAUGGACCGGAAAAGGACAAGCUAAUGAUAUUAGGUGAAGGGGUGGAUGUAGCAUGCUUGGCUGAGGCAUUGAGGAAGAAGCUUUGCCAUGCAACCAUUGAAAUAGUUGAAGAAGUAAAAGAACCAUCACCACCCACACCCACACCCACACCCACUCCACCAGCUCCACCGACACCGCCUCCUCAAAUUAUAUACUGUCAACAACCGCCACAGUUUGAAUGUUAUAGAGUGGUUGCUGAUCCUUCUCCAGCUCCUUGUACUAUUAUGUGAAUCUAAAAUGACACAACUGUCAGCAAUGAUGUCAUGUUAAUUAGCAAUUAUAACUUCAAUUACGGUAUGUUUUCUUCGUCGGUUUUAUAUCAAUUUUAGGUACCAAAACAGUAAUCUAUCUUAUCCCAUUCGAUUGAA